GUUAUUGGAGAUGUCAAGAUGGGGAGGUUGCCGAUUGUUCUUCUAAUUUUUUCCUCUAUACUCUUAAUUCAAUGCCAAGAAAACGCUCUGGAUAACUCAGCCAAGAAUGUUUUAGAUCGCAACAGAGAAAAAGGAGGUGAUAAGUCGGUUUCCCCCCCAAGGUUUCAGCGAACAUGUUCAACUCAAGAAUGUAAGGAAAAGGAGUUCAAUGAUUUGCUUGAUUCCAUUAUAAGCUCGGAAGCAACUACGGAAGCUGAACCGGCAAAGGUUCCACAUAGACCAAGUCCACCCCACUAUGUUCGACCAAGUAGAAACGGACACGUUCUUCAUGACAUUGUAUCUUGGGUUGAAAAAACAAAGAAGGCAAUAUUUGGAUUUGGAUAACUUUUUUAUU